AUGGAAGACAGCGCAGGCACAAGCAGUGACGCUACUUCGGCGCAACGCUCAACAACGCUUUCCCCCCAUCAACCACCAUCACUUGAGCCUCGCCCUUCUCUCACUCCAGGCGUCUUUGCGGAAGAGCCGCCAGCUUUCCAAGCAGCUAUUGAUGGUGCUUCAGCCUCUGUAGCGACCCACCCUUCCAUCAACGUUUCAUCUUCUCCUCACACCUCUUCAUCACAGCAAUCCAGCGUCGACUAUUUCAAGGGUGCCGCACCCUCACAAUCUGGCUCGGCCGUCGAUUCAAUCUUACAACCCAGCUCGCAUGGUCCCAGUCCAGCACUCAACUUGAACCAGACUCCAUCUCUCGCUUCUACCAGCGUCCAACCGCAGAGCGAGAUUGAAAAGGCUGAGCAAGAUAUCAUCUCGGCUUCCCUUUCCACCUCGUUUUCCCACUCCCACUCAGCUUCGACUUCCAACGAAGCUAGUGCUGCCACUGCUCCUCAACGCACUUUGAUUGGCAACGGCAAUAAGGUGGUCGCCUCGCCCUCUUCUUUCGCUCCUGCUCAGAACAAUAUCUCGAUGCGACCAGAUGCUAUUGGCGGCAUGGGUCGCGGAACUGCUGCUACAGAUCAUCUCGCUGCUCAAGACGAGCUCGAGACGCUCGACGAUAUGCGCCAAGUUGUUAAGCAGCUCGAAGAUGAUUUCAACGCAAAGCAUCCCGAGAUGCCUUUGAGCGGUCGUAUCAUCCAUGUCAGCCAUUACAUUCCUUUCGAGAUUCGCCCACUCGCUGAAGUCGACUUUGAACGUCAACGCGAGGAGAGGAUAGCCGCCACCGCUACUGUUGCCACAAUGGCAGCAGCUGCUCGUGUACGCAAAGCGGCAAAACUCGCGGCAGAGGCUGAGAAGCGCGAGAUGGAAGCUCAGCGUGAGCUACAGCGUCAAGCCGGUCAGCAGCUCGAAACAGUUUCCCGCAAGAAUAGCUUCCGUGUCAGUUCACGCAGGUCUUCCUUUGCAACCGGCUUCGGCAUGACUGGUCUAGAAGGACAGGACUUUGAAGCGACACUCCGAGAGAAUCAGGAGCGUGCCAAGCGUCGAGCAGGACGAAGAGCAUGGAUGUUGACUGAGGUGGUCGAUGACACCAGCGAAUGCUCCGAAGAGGAUCGCUUCACACCUGUUGGAUCAAGACGAGGUUCCACGUGGGCUGCAUCCAGCCGUGGAAGUUUCAGCAGCAUCUAUCAGGAGCCAUGGAGACAGUGGGGUGCCAUCAGCGAUGCUGUCAGUCCCUUUGUCAACUCGCCACCCACAGCACCGCCUCCGCCGCAGUGGGUCUUGAAACCACGACGUGGACACACUGCGCUCAACAGCGGUAUUCGUAGCUUGUGCAGUACACAUCGCCAGACCUUCAUCGGAUGGCCCGGCGACGUCCGUUUUGCUGUGCAGGCCUGCUCCGACCACCGCUCCGACCCUUCAGAGACAACCAAUAACGAGAAGCGCCAAAUCGAACAAGUUUUGGCUUCUCUCGACCAGGCCAGCGCAUGGGUUCCUCAACAGGCUCCUGUCGCUGGUGCACCGAUCAACCCCGAAAACAACCAGCCUCCCAUUGGCAAAAUGCCAGUGCCCGUGAUGAACGGUGCAGAACCUAUAGGAUCUGUCGACCCUACCACUCGUCCCAAUGGUAAUUCCGACCCCAACGGCGCCUCUGCUGCUGCUGCCGCCGCUGCCACCACCAGUCGUUCAGCUGCCACCAAGAAUUUGGGAGACCAGGAGUACGGCAUCAAAUACGUGCCUGUCUGGCUCGACUACAAAGUCGCCCAUGGUCACUACGAAGGCUACUGCAAGGCCACCCUCUGGCCUCUGUUCCACUAUCUGCUCUGGCAAGACGUCCACUCGGAGCGCCGUGCAUGGGAAGAGUACAGCUGGGAUGCAUACUACGCCGCCAACGAGGCCUUUGCUAAGCGCAUCGCCGAAGAAUACAAGCCAGGCGACUUGGUAUGGAUUCACGAUUACCAUCUCUUGCUUGUCCCGCUCAUGCUGCGAAAGCUGGUCCCAGAAGCGAUCAUCGGUCUCUUCGUCCAUGCGCCUUUCCCAAGUAGCGAAGUGUUCCGUUGCUUGCCCAAGCGUAAGGAGAUCCUCGAGGGAAUGCUUGGUGCUGAUCUUGCAUGCUUCCAAGCAUUCAGCUACUCGCGCCAUUUCUUGUCGUCAUGUGUCCGUGUCUGCGGCUUCGAAGCCUCGUCCAAUGCAGUCGAGUCGCCCAAUGGGCACGUCACCAACAUCACCUACAACCCGAUCGGUAUCGACUCGGUCAAGAUUGCCAAGGACAGCUCGUCACCGGGCGUGCUGCCCAAGAUCGAGGCGAUCCGCGAGAUGUACAAGGGCAAGAAGAUCUUGGUUGGCCGUGACAAGCUUGACGUCGUUCGCGGUGUAGUGCAGAAAUUGCAGGCAUUCCACAAGUUCCUCGCCGAAUACCCGGAAUGGCGAAACAAGGUCGUCCUUAUCCAAGUCACUGCUCCUGCGCUCAACGACUCGCCCAAGCUCGAGAGGCAAGUGUCUGAGCUCGUCUCGCACAUCAACGGCGAAUUCGGCUCGCUCAGCUUCACGCCCGUCCAUCACUACCACCAGAUCAUCGACAGGGACGAGUACUUUGCGCUACUCUCGGUUGCUGACUUGGCUCUCAUCACUUCGGUGCGUGACGGCAUGAACACCACCUCGAUGGAGUACAUCAUCUGCCAGAACCGCUUCAACAAGAGUCCUCUCAUCCUCAGUGAGUUCACGGGAACAGCAGGUCGCAUGCGUUCUGCCAUUCAGGUCAACCCGUGGAACAUCUUCGGUGUGGCCAAAGCGAUUGAUUAUGCGCUGCGUCUUACUGACGAGGAGAAGCGAGCUCGACACGAUCAGCUCUACCACCAGGUGGUCAUGCACACUUCGCAAACUUGGGCCGCUGGUCUGGUCAAGCAGCUCCUCACACGCCUCCAAUCCGAGCACUCAGUGCACUUGACCCCGCCGCUGGACCGCAAGCAGAUGGUCGACAACUUCCGCAAGGCGAAGAAGCGUCUCUUGCUGCUCGACUACGAUGGAACGCUCACACCCAUUGUCAAGGUGCCCGACAUGGCCUUACCCUCUGAGCGACUCCUCAAGGCGCUCGACGUUUUGUCGCAAGAAGAGCGCAACGUCAUUUACAUCAUUUCUGGCCGAGAUGGCGGCUUCUUGGGCAAGCACUUGGGUCAAUUCAAAGGUAUUGGUUUCUCCGCCGAGCACGGUGGAUUCGUCAAAGAGCCCGGUCAGGACGAGUAUCGCAACCUGACUGAAAGUCUAGACAUGACUUGGAUGAAGGACAUUCGCAGCGUCUUCGAAUACUACACCGAACGAACCGCUGGCAGUUUCAUCGAGCAAAAGAAGAGUGCAAUCACAUGGCACUACCGCGGCGCCGACCCUGACUUCGGCUCAUUCCAGGCGAAAGAAUGUCAGGCACACCUCGAGAAUCUGAGCUCGCAAAACAAGCUCGCUAUCGAAGUACUGGUUGGCAAGAAGAAUCUAGAAGUGCGGCCACUCGCCAUCAACAAGGGCGAGAUUGUCAAGCGUAUCCUGUACGAUCAUCCCGAUGCAGAAUUCGUCUUCUGCGCGGGAGAUGAUAAAACAGACGAAGACAUGUUCCGUACAUUGUUCAACCUCGCUCCUUCUUCGCCGGAAAUCGAGGCGAACGACAACACUCUCGCUCCACCUCGACGCAUUGAUCUGGAGGUGCGCAAGAAUCAGGCUUUGUUGAUCUCUCCUCCGACGCCACUGAAGAGCAACUCGCCAGUUGGCAGUCCGAAGAAGUUGAAGUUGACCAGGUCUGGGAUCUAUGCGACGAUGAUCGGGCCCAACAAUCGAAAGACUUUGGCUGAAUAUCACGUAGAUAGUUGCGAGAGGAUCAUUGAUGGGCUAGUAGAGAUGGCAGGGUUGGCUGAUGUGAUGGAGGAUGCUCCUUCUGAUCAGGCCAUGGAGCAAAAUGGUGGUGAGAUGGAAGAGGAUUGA